AUGAGACAACACAAAACUCGGGAACUACUUUUACUCGGGCACCACCCCCAUCGAAGAAACAAAUCUUCUGUUUGGAACCACUUCACUCCUGAUCCAGAUUUGAUUGGAAUAGCUAGAUGCAACUACUGUGACUCUAAGUUAAAAUCCAAUAAUGGAACGACUUCCAUGAUCGGACAUUCAAAGAUAUGCAAGAGUAACCCAAAUAGUGAAGCAAAUAAGAGAUUGAAAACAACUCCAUCGUCAACAACAAAUGUGACUUCUCCUUCAGCAAUUGGGUUAGGAAAAUUUGACCAAGAGAAAUGUAGGCAGGCAGUGGUUGAUAUGAUUGUGGAAAUGGAGCUUCCGUAUAUGCAUGUAGAUCAUAAAGUUUUUCGUCGUUGUAUGAGUGUAUUGCAACCAAGAUUUAUUCCAAUCUCCCGAAGCACAGUAGCACGUGAUAUUUUGGGUUUAUGGGAUUUUGAAAGGGAAAAAUUGAAGACCUUUCUUUCCCAACAUUGUCGAAGUGUGUGCUUGACCAAAGAUGGUUGGACUUCAUGUCAAAACAUGACUUACAUGUGUAUAACAACACAUUUUAUAGACAACAACUGGAAAUUACACAAAAAGAUUUUGAGUUUUGUUAGGGUCUUAAGUCAUUCAGGAGAAGUAAUAGCAAAUACAGUUGCAAAAUGCUUGGACAAUUGGGGGUUGAAUAAUGUUUUAACUGUGACGGUUGAUAAUGCGGCGUCAAAUGAUCGUGGGAUUGAAAAUCUAAAAAAGAGGCUAAGGUUAAGGAAUGAUUUGGUUUUGAAUGGAGAUCACUUUCAUACAAGAUGUUGUGCACAUGUCAUGAAUUUAGUGGUUAAAAAGGGUUUAAAAGAAAUUGACAUUUCUGUUUCUAGAAUCAGGGGUGCUGUUAAGUAUGUUAAGUCUUCUCCGGGUCGAGAACAUAAGUUUUUGGCAUGUGUUAGAAGUAGACAGAUUGAAUACAAAGGUAGUGUUCAAUUUGAUUGUGAGACUCGAUGGAAUUCAACAUACGACAUGUUGAAGGCUGCUCUACAACUUGAAAUGGCAUUUGUUGAGCUUGGUAUUAUUGAUACAAAAUAUUGUCAAGAACUUGAGAGUGGGAGCGGCAUUCCUACCCCUUUAGAUUGGGAGAAGGCACGUGGGGUCGCUCAAUUUUUGGAAGUUUUUAAGGCUUCCACUUUGCGCAUAUCGGGUUCAACAUACGUGACAAGUAAUAUGUACUUGGCAGAGGUAUUUUCAAUUAGUUUGGCUAUAAAAGACAUGUGUUCGUCUAAGGAUCUAUCUUUAGCUCAUACAAGAAAAAUAGCUUUAAAGAUGAAGGAGAAAUAUGAUAAGUACUGGGGAAGUCCUGAGAAAUUGAACAUGUUGUUGUUAAUUUCUUUUGUGUUAGAUCCCAGGAAGAAAAUGAUGUAUACUCGUUGGUUUAUCGAAAAAAACUUUGUCAAAAAAGAGGCUGAUUUCUUGAAGGAUAAAUUAGAAUUAGAUUUGAAAACAAUAUUUGAGGAGUAUAACGGUGGUGGGACAGGUGGAUCUCAAAGUGACUCUGCAGAACCACCCGUAUUAGUUGGACGAAUUGGAAAUCCCGACUAUUAUUAUGGGGUAUUUUUGCAAUCAAGUGGUGUCAAACCAAGUGGAGUGAAAUCUGAAUUAACAAAGUACCUAGAAGAUGGAUUAGAAGAUGAUAUUCCUAACUUUGAUAUCUUAAAUUGGUGGAAGGUGUAUUCAAGUCGACUUUCAAUCCUAUCUAACAUUGCGAGAGAGUUAUUAGCUAUACCCGUCUCAACGGUGGCAUCUGAGUCCGCCUUCAGUACCGGAGGAAGGGUUCUCAAUGAAUAUCGCAGUCGCCUAACUGCUAAAUCUGUGGAAGCACUUAUAUGCACAGAAGAUUGGCUUGGCGGAUCACCUUCACCAUUGCCCACACAAGAUGAUAUUGAAGUGCUUGAGAAGAUUGAGCGAGAAUAUUUUUUGCAAAACCAAUCUAACGGAGGUAAUUCUUAUGAUACUUUUGAUGAGGAUUGA